UAUAUAUUAAUCCACAUAUAUAUAAGUAAAUACAAAAUGGAGUCUCUUUGGAUACUGGCUAUUCUCGUUCUGGUUCCUGACGUCACAGAGGCUGCGUUCUGUCACGGAUCACCCAGUAAAAACGCUAAACAAAAUUUAAACCCAGUUUAUACCUUACCUCCAAGACACGUCAAGUCAGUUGUGAAUGGCAAGCUCUAUACUGUUGGUUCUGGUGAAGACGCCUUUGACAUUGUGCAUGUCUGGGGUAAGCCUUAUGACUGGGGUAAGGCCCAGGGACAAUUACUUGGUGACAAGGCAGUCAAAAUGAUGGACGCCGUCUGGGAAUAUCUAGAGGAUCAAGUGAUAGAGGCAAUCAAUGGAACUGUCCACAUUUUCAAACCAUGGUUCUUGAAAGAUAUUGCAGAUUUCGGCCUGGAAAAAGCACUGGAUUUAGAACUAGACAUAACGAGAAAAUAUUCUGGAUCUUAUUUCUUUGAAGAAGCCCAGGGUAUCGCCGAUGGAUGCGGCAUUGAAUUACAAAAGCUUCUUCGCAUUCAUAUGAUAGGAGAACUAACAAAAGGAAGCUGUUCAAUGUUUGGUGCCUGGGGUAAUGCUGUGCCAGUAAAAGAUUCUCUCCUACAACUCAGGGCCCUAGACUGGAGUGUUGAUGGUCCCUUUAAGGACUAUCCCCAGGUGACUGUCUACCAUCCUGCCUACCCAAAGGACGGACAUGCUUUUGCUAAUUUUGGGUGGACCGGCUGGUUUGGAUCAAUUACAGGAAUGAGUUCACAGAAGAUGGCAAUAUCAGAGAUUGGUGUAUCUUUUCCGGACUCGACCUUUGGUUCUGAAUCAAGAUUUGGAACUCCAUUUACAUUCCUUCUUCGAGAUAUUCUUCAAUUUGAUAAGACACUAGACGACUCAAUUAACCGCAUAGCAAACUCCCCGAGAACUUGUAAUCUAAUUCUUGGAGUGGGAGACGCGAAGAUCGGACAAUUUCGGGGUAUUGAGUAUUCUGCCUCUGUAGCAGACUUCUUUGAUGACCUUAACAUGAGACCAGCAGAAAAAUGGCAUCCUAAAAUAGAAAACGUCGUCUACUGGGGAAUGGACUGGGAUUGCCCUGCAUUUAAUGAAGUUCUUGGAAAUCAACUUCAAAAGUACCACGGCAACAUCACUGUUGAGAAUACUAUCAGGGAUGUGGUCUCCAUUGUCCAAUCCGGGGAUCUGCAGGUCGCCAUUUAUGACCUGACCAAAAAUUUGGCUUAUUUAUCGAAUGCCAAAGCAUCUUAUGAAAGUGGUCCAGCGUUUGCCUAUGAAAGUUGUACAUUAAUUUCUUCCAAUUCUGGAUUAUUUACUUCCGUAUGUCAAAUAAACGUGCUUAGAGAAGAAGAACAAAGGUUAAUAAAAGGACUUGAAAGAUAUAUAGAUGCCACAGAGACAACCGCUGAUUUUGUACCUGAAGAUAUUAAAAGUCUUCUUACAAAAGCAAAGAAUGAACAGCAGUUACUAGAGGAUAAAUUCUCGGAGAACCCUUUGGAUACUUUCCACAUUUUGUACAGAAUUUACCAUGACUGGAAUAAGAUAUUUCGUCUCAUUUGGUGUGACGAUUGUGAAGCAACGCCUGCAUCUCAAGAUUUUAACAUUACACUCGGAAUCGUGGAAAGGAAGGUGGGUGGGUGGAUCACUGAAAAGGAUCUGCAGAGCUCAGCUAUUAAUAUUCUUAAACUUUACGACAUGUUCGACCUGGACAUUCAAGACUUGUUUGAUGGGAAAAUAAAAGGCUACACGACAAAUCCUCUUUCUGUGGAAGAACUUUAUUUCAUUGCUUCAAUGGCGGACAAGGAAGACAUGAUGCGUAUAGCUGUAGCAUGGUUUGAGGAACUUCACCGCAGGUUUUCAGAAAAUGAAGAUAUGGAUUCUACCAUCAUUGAGUUAACAGUAGGCAGAGUACUGGCGGGUGUAUACAACAAGAUUGGAAUGCCUCAAAAAGCAAUUGAAAUUUUAAAACAGUUAAUGAUUAAAGAAGAAAAUAAUCGACUUUUAAAAAGAGAUUUGGAAUUUUACACAAUGCGUCUGAAUGGGAUGCCAUUGGAUGAUAAAAAUAAACCUAUGGGUUUUACACUUGACACCAAGGGUAAAAAGUCGAAAUUUGUACAGCUAUGUCGAAAUCCCCUGAAGACACCUAAAGAAGAAGCAAAGUUAAGAUGUAUCUUGAAAGCAUCGGAUAUUUCGUAUUUAUUUUCAAAGGAGGAAAUCUUUCAUCUUAGACCUAGGAUUUCAGUAUUAUACGACGUUCUGACAGAAAAUGAAAUAAGAAUGAUUAGGAAUAGCACAACCGUAACGCAGGCAACAAUUAAGUAUAAACAACAUUCCAACAUACCAACAGCAAUAAACAGCCAUAAAUAUACCACAAACGACAUUGAUCAAUUCUUGAGAAAAACGCUGAGGAACAGAAUGCGUUUGAUUACUCGGCUACCCAUACAACCAGAAGAGACAUUCUUUUACGUCGAUAGAAGAAGAAUUGCAACAUGGAACUUUGUCAUAAAUGAACCCAAAUACGGUGGGUCUAUGGUUUUUACUCCAAAGAAGACGAGAAUCCCCUUUAUCAAGGGAAGCGUCAUACUUUGGUAUAAUCAAAAAUAUGAUGGAAGACUGGAUGAAAAUAUGACACCAACAGACUGUCAUGUGCUCCUGGGAUCUCAGACAGUAUUAGAAGACCACUUGGAUGAAGAUGGAACUAUUUCAACAAUGAAAUGUUUUAAUAAGAAAUGAUGUUUUCUUUAAAUACAAUAUAUAAAUCAGCGAGCAACAGCUCACGGCAAGAUAAUUUUGAAAAAUAAAGAAGAUGGGUGAACUUAGCAUGCAGAAAGCCCAAUAGCUUCAGAUAUAUAAAAAUCAUAUUCAAAAUGUGAAUUUAGUAUUUAGAGUAAAGUUCUCGUCAUUGAUUUUUAUAAAAUCAUGAGAAACAAAAAGUUUUGAGGAAAAUUUUUUGUUAACAUUUAUUCUUUUAUAUAAAAAAAAAAUAAUGUGGUAUCCAUUGGGUUCGAACCCUGGCAAUAAAAAUCCUGAGUUGCAUUCUCUAUUGAGACUAGCACGCUAACCACUUCGCUACACAAGUCCUGAUCAAGUGUGGCAUUUAAUCAUGUUUGUGAUAUAAUCAUUGACUUAAGGGACUUCAAGUAUUUCUCGGAAAGAUACGAAAGUUAUGACAUAAACUUAUAUUUUUAAGGUAUAGUGGGUCAUUGCUCCAUAAUUUUGG